AUGGCCCCGCCGCCCUUACCUGCGGCCCCGCCGCUCUCACCUGCGGCCCCGCCGCUCUCACCUGCGGCCCCGCCGCUCUCAUCUGCGGCCCCGCCGCUUUCACUUCCGGCCCCGUCCCCUCCUGCAGCGCCGCCCACCACCCGAGCUGCCCGAGCCGCCUCACCCAGCCAAGCAGCCGACCGCCGCGCCGCCCUGCAGCAGCCGCCGAGCCGCCCGGGCAACCGAGCAGCCGGACAGCCGAGCAGCCGAGCCGCCCAGCAGCCGAGCCGCCCUGUAGCCGAGCCACCCAGCAGCCGAGACGCCGUACAGCUGAGCCGCCGGGCCGCCGAGCCGCACUGCAGCCGAGCCGCCCAGCCGCCCAGUAGCCGAUCCGCCGAGCUGCCGAGCCGCCCUACUACCGAGCCGCCCGAGCUGCCCCGUCCGCAAUCCCAUUUUCCCGCUUUUCAUCACCCCGCUCCUCUUCCUCUUUCCAUCACCCCGCCUCAUUCUCCCUCCUUCCAUCACCCCGCCCCAUUCUCCCGCUUUCCAUCACCCCGCUUCAUUCUUCCGCUUUCCAUCACCCCGCCCCAUUCUCCCUCCUUCCAUCACCCCGCCCCGUUCUCCCUCCUUCCAUCACCCCGCCCCAUUCUCCCGUUUUCCAUCACCCCGCUCCAUUCUCCCUCCUUCCAUCAUCCCGCCCCAUUCUCCCGCCUUCCAUCACCCUGCCCCAUUCUCCCGCAUUCCAUCACCCUGCCCCAUUCUCCCGCAUUCCAUCACCCCGCCCCAUUCUCCCUCCUUCCAUCACCCCACCCCAUUCUCCCGCUUUCCAUCAUCCCGCCCCAUUCUCCCGCAUUCCAUCACCCCGCCCCAUUCCCACGCGUUCCAUCACCCGACCCUUUCCCUCCUUCCAUCACCCCGUCCCAAUCUCCCUCCUUCCAUCACCCCGCCCCAUUCUCCCGCUUUCCAUCACCCAGCCCAUUUUUCCGCUUUCUAUCACCCCGCCCAUUCUUCCGCUUUCCAUCACCCCGCCCCAUUCUCCCGCUUUCCAUCAUUCCGCCCCAUUCUCUCUCCUUCCAUCACCCCGCCCCAUUCUUCCGCUUUCCAUCACCCCGCCCCAUUCUCCCUCCUUCCAUCACCCCGCCCCAUUUUCCCUCUUUCCAUCACCCAGCCCCAUUUUUCCUCCAUUCUAUCACCCCGCCCCAUUCUCUCGUUUUCCAUCACCCUGCCCCAUUCUCCCUCUUUCCAUCAUCCCGCCUCAAACUCCUGCUUUCCAUCACCCCACCAUUCUCCCAUUUUCCAUCACAUCGCCCCAUUCUCCCGCUUUCCAUCACCCUACCCCAUUUUUCCGCUUUCCAUCACCCCGCCCUAUUCUCCCGCUUUCCAUCACCCCGCCCCAUUCUCCCGCUUUCCAUCACCCCGCCCCAUGCUCCCGGUUUCCAUCACCCCGCCCCAUUCUCCCGCGUUUCAUCACCCCGCCCCAUUCUCCCUCUUUCCAUCACCCCGCCCCGUUCUCCCUCCUUCCAUCACCCCGCCCUAUUCUCCCGUUUUCCAUCAACCCGCUCCAUUCUCCUUCCUUCCAUCAUCCCGCCUCAUUUUCUCCCUCCUUCCAUCACCCUGCCCCAUUCUCCCGCAUUCCAUCACCCCGUCCCAUUUUUCCUUCUUCAAUCACCCCGCCCCAUUCUCCCGCUUUCCAUCAUCCCGCCCCAUUCUCCCGCAUUUCAUCACCCCGCCCCAUUCUCCCGCGUUCCAUCACCCGCCCCUCUCCCUCGUUCCAUCACCCGCCCUAUUCUCCCUCUUUCCAUCACCCCGCCCCAUUCUCCCGCUUUCCAUCACCCCGCCACAUUCUUCCGCUUUCCAUCACCCAGCCCAUUUUUCCGCUUUCCAUCACCCCGCCCAUUCUUCCGCUUUCCAUCACCCCGCCCCAUUCUCCCGCUUUCCAUCAUUCCGUCCCAUUCUCUCUCGUUCCAUCACCCCGCCCCAUUCUCCCGCAUUCCAUCACCCCGCCCCAUUCUCCCUCUUUCCAUUACCCCGCCUCAUUUUCCCUCCUUCCAUCACCCAGCCCCAUUUUCCCUCUUUUCCAUCACCCCGCCCAAUUCUCUCGCUUUCCAUCACCCUGCCCCAUUCUCCCUCUUUCCAUCAUCCCGCACCAAAUUCCUGCUUUCAAUCACCCUACCAUUCUCCCCCUUUCCAUCACCCCGCCCCAUUCUCUCGCUUUCCAUCACCCCACCUCAUUCUCCCGUUUUCCAUCACCCCGCCCUAUUCUCUCGCUUUCCAUCACCCCGCCCCAUUCUCCCGCUUUCCAUCACUCCGCCCCAUGUUCCCGCUUUCCAUCACCCCGCCCCAUUCUCCCGCGUUCCAUCACCCCGCUCCAUUCUCCCGCUUUCCAUCACCCCGCCCCAUUCUCCCUCCUUCCAUCACCCCGUCCCAUUCUCCCGAUUUCCAUCACCCCGCCACAUUCUUCCGCUUUCCACCACCCCGCCCAUUCUUCCGCUUUCCAUCACCCCGCCCCAUUCUCCCGCUUUCCAUCACCCCGCCCCGUUCUCCCGCUUUCCAUCAUUCCGCCCCAUUCUCCCUCAUUCCAUCACCCCGACCCAUUCUUCCGCUUUCCAUCACCCCGCCCCAUGCUCCCGCUUUCCAUCACCCCGCCCCAUUCUCCCGCGUUCCAUCACCCCGACCCAUUCUUCCGCUUUCCAUCACCCCGCCCCAUGCUCCCGCUUUCCAUCACCCCGCCCCAUUCUCCCGCGUUCCAUCACCCCGCCCCAUUCUCCCGCUUUCCAUGACCCCGCCCCAUUCUCCCGCUUUCCAUCACCCCGCCCCAUUCUCCCGCUUUGCAUCACCCCGCCCCAUUCUCCCUCCUUCCAUCACCCUGCCCCAUUCUCCCUCCUUCCAUCACCUCGCCCCAUUCUCCCGCUUUCCAUCACCCCGCCCCAUUCUUCCGUUUUCCAUCACCCAACCCAUUCUUCCGCUUUCCAUCACCCCGCCCAUUCUUCCGCUUUCCAUCACCCCGCCGCAUUCUCCCAAUUUCCAUCAUUCCGUCCCAUUCUUCCUCCUUCUAUCACCCCGCCCCAUUCUCCCGCUUUCCAUCACCCCGCCCCAUUCUCCCUCUUUCCAUCACUCCGCCCAUUUUCCCUCCUUCCAUCACCCUGCUCCAUUCUCCCUCUUUCCAUCACCCCACCCCUAACUGCUGCUUUCCAUCACCCCACUCCAUUCUCCCGCUUUCCAUCACCCCGCCCCAUUUUCCCGCUUUCCAUCACCCCGCCCUAUUCUCCCGCUUUCCAUCAACCCGCCCCAUUCUCCCGAUUUCCAUCACCCCGCCCAAUGCUCCCGCUUUCCAUCACCCCGCCCCAUUCUCUCGCGUUCCAUCACUCCGCCCCAUUCUCUCGAUUUCCAUCACCCAGCCCCAUUCUCUCUCUUUCCAUCAUCCCGUCCCAUUCUCCCGCUUUCCUUCACCCCGCCCCAUUCUUCCGCUUUCCAUCACCCCGCCCAUUCUUCCGCUAUCCAUCACCCCGUCCCAUUCUCCCGUUUUCCAUCACCCCGCCCCGUUCUCCCGCAUUCCAUCAUUCCGCCUCAUUCUCCCUCUUUCCAUCACCCCGCCCCAUUCUUCCGGUUUCCAUCACCCCGCCCCAUUCUCCCUCUUUCCAUCACCCCGCCACAUUCUCCCGCCCCAUUCUCCCUCCUUCCAUCACCCCGCCCCAUUCUCCCGCCUUUCAUCACGCCGCCCCAUUCUCUUCCGCUUUCCAUCACCCCGUCCCAUUCUCCCGCUUUCCAUCACCCCGUCCCACUCUCCCUCCUUCCAUCACCCCGCCCCAUUCUCCCGCGUUCCAUCGCCCCGCCCCAUUCUCCCGCGUUCCAUCACCCCGCCCCAUUCUCCCGCUUUCCAUCACCUCGCCUCAUUCUCCCGUUUUCCAUCACCGUGCCCCAUUCUCCCGCUUUCCAUCACCCCGCACCAUUCUCCCGCUUUCCAUCGCCCCAUCCCAUUCUCCGGCAUUCCAUCACCCCGCCCCGUUCUCCCGUUUUCUAUCUCCCUGCCCCGUUCUCUCGAUUUCCAUCACCCCGCCCCAUUCUCCCGUUUUCCAUCACCCCGCCCCAUUCUCCCGCUUUCCAUCACCCCGCCUCAUUCUCCCGUUUUCCAUCACCCCACCCCAUUCUCCUUCCUUCCAUCACCCCGCCCCAUUCUCACGCUUUCUAUCACCCCGCACCAUUCUCCCGCUUUCCAUCACCCUGCCCCAUUCUCCAGCUUUCCAUCACCCCGCUCCAUUGUCCCUCCUUCCAUCACCCCGCCCCAUUCUCCCUCCUUCCAUCACCCCGCCCCAUUCUCCCGCUUUCCAUCAUCCCGCUCUAUUCUCCCGCAUUCCAUCACCCCGCCCCAUUCUCCCGCUUUCCAUCACCCGCCCCUCUCUCUCCUUCCAUCACCCCGCCCAAUUCUCCCUCCUUCCAUCACCCCGCCCCAUUCUCCCGUUUUCCAUCACCCCGCCCCAUUCUUCCGCUUUCCAUCACCCAGUCCAUUUUUCCGCUUUCCAUCACCUCGCCCAUUCUUCCGCUUUCCAUCACCCCGUCCCAUUCUCCCGCUUUCCAUCAUUCCGCCCCAUUCUCCCUCCUUCCAUCACUCCGCCUCAUUCUCCCGCUUUGCAUCACCCCGCCCCAUUCUCCCUCCUUCCAUCACCCCGCCCCAUUUUCCCUCUUUUCAUCAUUCAGCCCCAUUUUCAUUCCUUUCCAUCACCCCGCCCCAUUCUCUCGCUUUCCAUCACCCUGCCCCAUUCUCCCUCUUUCCAUCAUCCCGCCCCAAACUCCUGUUUUCCAUCACCCCACCAUUCUCCCCCUUUCCAUCACCCUGCCCCAUUCUCCCGCUUUCCAUCACCCCGCCCCAUUCUCCCGCUUUCCAUCACCCCGCCCUAUUCUCCCGCUUUCCAUCACGCCGCCCCAUUCUCCCGCUUUUCAUCACCCCGCCCCAUGCUACCGCUUUCCAUCACCCCGCCCCAUUCUCCCGCGUUCCAUCGCCCCGCCCCAUUCUCCCGCGUUCCAUCACCACGCCCCAUUCUCCUUCCUUCCAUCACCCCAUCCCAUUCUCCCGCUUUCCAUCACCACGCCCCAUUCUUCCGUUUUCCAUCACCCCGCCCAUUCUUCCGCUUUCCAUCACCCCGCCCCAUUAUCCCGCUUUCCAUCACCCCGCCCCGUUCUCCCGCUUUCCAUCAUUCCGCCCCAUUUUCCCUCCUUCCAUCACCCCGCCCCAUUCUUCCGCUUUCCAUCACCCCGCCCCAUUCUCCCGCUUUCCAUCACCCUGCCACAUUCUCCCGCCCCAUUCUCCCGCCUUCCAUCACCCCGCCCCAUUCUCCCGCCUUCCAUCACCCCGCCCCAUUCUCCCGCCUUUCAUCACCCCGCCCCAUUCUCCCGCUUUCCAUGACCCCGCCCCAUUCUCCCGCUUUCCAUCACCCCGCCCCAUUCUCCCGUUUUGCAUCACCCCGCCCCAUUCUCCCUCCUUCCAUCACCCCGUCCCAUUCUCCCGCUUUCCAUCACCCCGCCCCAUUCUUCCGCUUUCCAUCACCCCGCCCAUUCUUCCGCUUUCCAUCACCCCGCCCCAUUCUCCCGCUUUCCAUCACCCCGCCCCGUUCUCCCGCUUUCCAUCAUUCCGCUCCAUUCUCCAUCCUUCUAUCACCCCGUCCCAUUCUUCCGCUUUCCAUCAACCCGCCCCAUUCUCCCGCCUUCUAUCACCCCGCCACAUUGUCCCGCCCCAUUUUCCCGCCUUCCAUCACCCCGCCCCAUUCUCCCUCCUUCCAUCACUCCGCCCCAUUCUCCCGCUUUCCAUCAACCUGCCCCAUUCUCCCUCUUUCCAUCAACCCGCCCCAUUUUCCUGUUUUCCAUCACCUCGCUUCAUUCUCCCGCUUUCCAUCACCCCGCACCAUUCUCUCGCUUUCCAUCACCCCGCUCAUUCUUCCGAUUUCCAUCACCCCGCCCCAUUCUCCCGCUUUCCAUCAUUCCGCCCCAUUCUUCCUCCUUUCAUCACCCCGCCCCAUUCUUCCGCUUUCCAUCAACCCGUCCCAUUCUCUCUCCUUCCAUCACCCCGCCCCAUUUUCCCUCCUUCCAUCACCCAACCCCAUUUUCCUUCCUUUCCAUCACCCGCCCCAUUCUCUCGUUUUCCAUCACCCUGCCUCAUUCUCCCUCUUUCCAUCACCCCGUCCCAUUAUCCCGCUUUCCAUCACCCCGCCCCAUUCUUCCGCUUUCCAUCACCCCGCCCAUUCUUCCGAUUUCCAUGACCCCUCCCCAUUCUCCCGCUUUCCAUCAUUCCGCCCCAUUCUCCGUCUUUUCAUCACCCCGCCCCAUUCUCCCGCUUUCAAUCACCCCGCCCCAUUCUCUCUCCUUCCAUCAUUCCGCCCCAUUUUCCCUCCUUCCAUCACCCAACCCCAUUUUCCUUCUUUUCCAUCACCCCGCCCCAUUUUCUCGCUUUCCAUCACCCUGCCCCAUUCUCACUCCCUCCAUCACCCCGCCCCAAACUCCUGCUUUCCAUCACCCCACUCCAUUCUCUCCCUUUCCAUCACCCCGCCCCAUUCUCCCGCUUUCGAUCACCCCGCCUCAUUCUCCCGCUUUCCAUCACCCCGCCCUAUUUUCCCGCUUUCCAGCACCCCACCCCAUUCUCCCAGUUUCCAUCACCCCGCCCCAUUCUCCUGCUUUCCAUCACCUCGCCCCAUUCUCCCGCUUUCCAUCACCCCGCCCCAUUCUCCCACUUUCCAUCACCCCACACCAUUCUUCCGCUUUCCAUCACCCCAUCCCAUUCUCCGGCAUUCCAUCACCCCGCCCCAUUCUCCCGCUUUCCAUCACCCUGCCCCAUUCUCCCGCUUUCUAUCACCCUGCACCAUUCUCCAGCUUUCCAUCACUCUGCCACAUUCUCCCGCUUUCCAUCACUCCGCCCCAUUCUUCCGCUUUCCAUCACCCCGCCCCAUUCUCCCGCUUUCCAUCACCCCGCCCCAUUCUUCCUCCUUCCAUCACUCCGUCCCAUUCUCCCACUUUCCAUCAUCCCGCCCCAUUCUUCCGCUUUCCAUCACCCCGCCCAUUCUUCCGCUUUCCAUCACCCCGCCUCAUUCUCCCGUUUUCCAUCACCCGCCCCAUUCUCCCGCUUUCCAUCAUUCCGCCCCAUUCUCCCUCCUUCCAUCACCCCGCCCCAUUCUUCCGUUUUCCAUCACCCCGUUUUCCCUCUUUCCAUCACCCCGCCCCAUUCUCCCGCCCCAUUCUCCCGCCUUCCAUCACCCCGCCCCAUUCUCCCACCUUUCAUCACCCCGCCCCAUUCUCCCGCUUUCCAUGACCCCGCCCCAUUCUCCCGCUUUCCAUCACCCCGUCCCACUCUCCCUCUUUCUAUCACCGUGCCCCAUUCUUCCGCUUUCCAUCACCCCGCCCGAUUCUCCCACUUUCCAUCACCCCGCCCUAUUCUCCCGUUUUCCAUAA